AUGAAAAUACCACAGAGAAGCAUAGAAAUUUUCUUAUUUGUCGUUCUUAAUUUCAAUCUCACACCAAUUUCCUCCCAACAAAUCCCAACAACGGAAGAAACUGACGCUUUUUUCAUCGGACCAUGUGCGUGGGUGUUGAGUAAUAGAAAAUGUCCAGAUGCUGAUGUCAAAUUUUAUUUAUAUACAAGAUCUAAUGCUGACGAUAGACAAUUGAUUCAUGUUGAAGACUGCUGGGACAAUUCCAAUAUUUCGACGUCAUUUUAUAAUCCACGUUAUCCUGUUAAGGUCAUUAUUCAUGGUUACAACUCCGACAUGAUGUUGGCUCCAUUAAUAGAUGCAAAGAAUGAAUAUUUACAGCGAGGUGAUUACAACUUGUUCUUUGUUGAUUGGUCUACUCUUGCUCCGGGGCCUUGCUAUCCAUCAGCAGUUCACAAUACACGUCAUGUCGGUGUUUGUGUUGCACAAUUAAUCUCACGUAUUAGAGAGACUGGAAAUGAAGACAUUCAUCUUGUUGGAUUUUCACUCGGUGCACACGUCUGCAAUUAUGCGUCGACGACACUAAGAAAUGACAAUUAUACAAUACCAAGAAUCACCGGAUUAGAUCCCGCAAUGCCAUUAUUUGUUACGUCUGAUCUUGACAGUAAACUUGACGCAUCUGAUGCUGAUUUUGUGGAUGUCCUUCACACAAAUGCUCUAGUUCAAGGUCAAAUAGAGCGUUGCGGUCAUGUUGAUUUCUACCUUAACGGAGGUGUUCUUCAGCCUGGAUGCUCAGGUUACGGAACAAAUCCAUUUCAAUGUAGCCAUCAUAGAGCACCGGAUUAUUUUGCUGAAUCGAUACAAUCAGUUGUGGGUUUCUGGGGAUGGAAAUGCCAAAGUUAUUUUUAUUAUCUCCUUGGCAUGUGCACACCAAAGAGUGAAUCACAGACACAAGCCGGUGAAGAUUGCCGUUCAUCGUCAAGAGGAUUAUAUUUCAUAAAUACCAAUGCAGCAUCACCAUUUGCCGUAGGCAGACUUACAGAAUCUGAGAACAGUUUCAAAGCUCAUCAGCAACAGCGACAGAAUCCACAGCAAAUUACUGUGAAUCCAAUUUUACAUGCUGAUCCGUUUCAAAGAGAAAUUGAUAUUUUUGGUAAAUUAGAAGGGAAUUUUAAUAAUCUUCUAUAUUCGCAAGACGACGAGGAUUCUAAUGACGUUUACUUUACCAAUCAUGGAUCUAAUCUUAUGACACACAACUUCAUCAAUAGACUUCGACACAAAAAUGUUGAUGACAGUGAAAUUUUAUCAACAUUUAAUGACAGAAUAAAUAGAAAGAUUAAAAAGCAAUCAAAACCACGACCUAACUCAAGGUAUGCAACAUCGUCACGCAAUGAUGACAGUCAUAAUGAAAUUCCUCAUAGCACAUAAGCGGCACAGAAGAAAGACAGAGAGACAUAAAAUUUUUUGAAUGAAUGCUUAACAAAGCAUCAUUAUUAAUAGCAUGUAAAGUUUAAUGACAGCCAGUUGAAUGAACAUUUUAAAACUAUGAGCUCUUUAGCUGUAACUGAAAAUUGCAUGCUAUAAAUCAUUGCUAUGUUAAAUGGAGAUAUAUAUUUAAUAAUCGUCACUUGUGCUACAAACUUUAUGUGUG